CUCUUAAACGUCGUCAGAGCGCACCGACGUUUCCCAGUACUUCCAGGAGAAGCAGCGCGAGCUACUAUUAGGAACUUUGCGUGCGACCUAUGGCACACAACUAUCAGGGUUGACAACUCCCUGACGAUUUUUAUUCACCCCUACGGUGUAUGGAAAGUGCUCCUGGAUGGACCUGGGCGAAAACAGCUGGUCCAUGGUCAAGCGAGAAGUUUCCAGCAGCCCAGGCUCGCCGGCUGAGCAGACCUACCUGACGGGUGACAGCAGGAGGGACGGCCCCGCCUCGGACGAGCUGAGGACUCCUCCGAGCGACCUUGACGUACUAGGGCACCGCCGCUCGGACGGCAGAUCUCUACACUCCUACGUUCACUUCGGACAUCACAACAGCAGCCUGAGCGCUGCAGAGGACAUCCCGCUGUUUACGGAUUUAGACCAGGGCAGCAAACUGGUCCUCUCCGGCGGGGCGCACAAGGCGAGCCUGCUGGUGGACCCGAGCGAUAUGUACCAGACACUGGCCAUCGCUGCGGCCCAGAGCCAGACUGGAUAUGAUUCCUCCUCUGCUGGUUAUAUGCACUCCAACCCAAACUCUCCCGUGUACGUGCCCAGCUCCCGCGUGGGCCCCAUGAUACCCAGCCUCUCCUACCUGCAGGCCAGCCCCGCGCAGCCCAGCCACGCCGUCUCCAGCCACUCAGUGUGGUCUCAGUCCACCCCAGAGAGCCCCUCAUACAGCACCGGGAGUCCGCAUGCCUCCACCCGGUUCCACUACCCUCCGAGCCCGCCCAUGAAUAACGGGACGCCCCGGGACAGCGGCUACAGUAACACUCUCAACGUGAGCAGCAGAGACCAGUACGGCCUCUCCCGGCCCCUUAGCGGGACUUACCCGAGCCCGUACUCUACUUACGUGGCGCCGCAGCUCUCCCAGCUGACCUCGCCCUGGAACGGGGCACCUUUUGAUAACACCAUGCUGCACACCUUGCAAAGCAGAGGCGCACCCCUGAUCCGAGGACCAAACGGAGUUUCAGAUAUUCUGGAUGACAUGGGGGAGAGCAGGGAGUGCGUAAACUGCGGCUCCAUCUCCACGCCGCUGUGGAGGCGCGACGGCACGGGCCACUUUCUCUGCAACGCCUGCGGCCUCUACAGCAAAAUGAAUGGGCUGAGCCGGCCAUUAAUUAAACCACAGAAACGGACGUCGACGUCCAGGAGAAUUGGUCUGUCGUGCGCAAACUGUCAAACCAGCACGACCACUCUGUGGCGCAGAAACGCGGAGGGAGAGCCUGUGUGUAACGCAUGUGGACUCUACACUAAAUUACACGGGGUCCCUCGGCCUCUCGCCAUGAAGAAAGAAGGGAUCCAGACAAGAAAAAGAAAACCGAAAACUUUGAAUAAAACGAAAGGAUCCUCUGGAAAUAACAGCUCUGUGUCCAUGACUCCCACAUCCACAUCUUCAUCUAAUUCUGAAGAUUGCUCCAAAACCAGCUCUCCACCUGGGCAGGUGACAGGGGUCAGUUCGUCCGUGCUGUCCAGCUCAGGGGAGGGAACAGGCUCUGGCUCAGCAGUGAAGUACACGGGACAGGACAGCCUGUACACCAGCGUUGCUCUGUCCCAGCCUUCAGACGUCUCCUCAGUGCGGGGGGAACCCUGGUGCCCCAUGGCCUUAGCCUGAACAUCUGAACCUGUUUGGUAGGACAGCAGCGCCCGGCCCCCCCCCUCUCUGUGGAAGUAUGCGGGGCUGGCAAUGUUUGUGAUGGACACGGUGGAAAAAAUGAAGAAAGAGGAGCUUGAACGAAGCGUGGAUUAGCUGGAUUUCCAGUCAGGCGUGGGGAUCUUAAAACACAGGGGAAGAUGACGAAUCAGGAGGCCUGCUUUGGAUGGUUUCUGAACACUGCCAUGCACUCGAACCAUGUCUUUAUUGUUAAAAUAAAGCCAUCAUGUACAUAAUGGAUUUCUGGUGAUUGGAUACCACGGCUUCUCCAAAGCGCUGUACUCUUUAAGGACAUUUAGGGGUUUUUUUUCUGUCCACAACUGGAAUCAUGCCACAAGUGCCAAGACAACUUUUAUGAAUCAAAAGAUAAAAAAAUAUUUAUAAAUCUUCCAUUGUUGAAAACAUGGUAAUGAUUGUUAAUAAAGAUAUCAAUAUAGAGUAGAAGUUAAACCAUUCUGAUGUCUUUUUUUCUCUUUUUUUGCUUUAUUAGUGCUUGUUUAAAGUACAGGAGUGUUGAAUGUGCACAUGUUUUUCCACUAAGAGCUCUUACUGUAUUUGACUGAAACUAGCUUGGUUUAAACAGGGUAUGAAAAAGCUAUGACAUCCAGUGGUUUUGUUUAAUUAUGUACUGAAAAUGAAAAUAAUCAGCCUCGUUUUUGAUUUAUAAUUGCUAUCAGCUGUUGGAUAGCAUUACGGUACAAAUCUCAAAGCAGAGCUACAAAUACUCUUUUUCCAUGUAAAGCAGUUGGACGGCUUAUUUGAACAAAGCACACCCAGAAUAAGCAGUGCGUCUACUGACCUUUUCGUUACAAGACACAAACUGCGAAGACAACUGUGUGCUGCACUACCUGACUCACUGUAAACUGUGUACCUUUCACAAUGCAAGCAUAAAUUACUGCCGCAUCAUUUUUUUAAAAGACAGAAUAAGAGCAAAGUGGAGAGUGAGGUCAGAUAUGAACAAACCAAAGAUGGCUUUGACUCACCCUUUGGGAGUGUUUGGAGUGUGAGUAAUGACUCAAGAGUUUCACAUGAUGAGGUGUUAAUGUGGACAACUGAAAAACAAAUCAAAAGGAGCGAACAGUAAUUAUGUCAAUGCAAUAUUUUCAUUAUAUUCUAGCUCAUCUGGGUCUACUUUUUUAAAACUGCUGCAAGGUUGGCGUGCAUUUUCCAGAACUGAUUUUUAAACUGUGUCUUUUAGCAGUGUUUAGUAUGUUGAGGCUCAAAAAGCCACAAAACAAUCAUGGUGGAGUGUGAAAGCUUAAGAAAAUCUGACGAGUUACAUGUGAAACUUGGCGUAUUGAAACUUUAAUUUUUUUUUUUCACUACUCGCUGCAUUCAAAAAGGCAGAACGUUCAUUCCUCUGGACUUAUUUAUUUUUUGAAAUGUCAUGUUAUCCUAGCAUCAUUUUCCUGUUGAUUUUCCCUUUCUUUUGUUUUUUUGUUCUUUUUUCCAAAAUGAGAAAAUAUCUUAUUUAAAUUUUGUCUAAUAAAUUGUUUGGGUGUUUAAAACAAUUCAGAGUUAACCUCUGUUUUCAGAUAAAAAUCUCCACAUCAGCACCCAGCCCACAGCGAGGGUUCACACGGCCGAAGAAUUACUAUUUAAAAAAGCUAUAUUCUAGUGUUGAUGGUCUUCUUUGCUUCUGUAGGUUGGUCUAUGAGUUCUUGUCCAACUAAAAUUUAAAUUGUAGACGAUCAAGAAAGACUGUAUGCUACUGGACAAAGCAGUGAUGCAGAUGUAUCAGAUGUUGUUUUCUUAUUAUUUCAUAACAGUUAAGCUCUAACAAACCUGGAAACAUGUGGACAUAAAUCUACAGGGAAGAGCAGGAUUAAAAGCUGCUGACGUGGUACUCCUUCAUGCACCAAAUAUGUUUUAUGAAGUGACUUUAGCACAUCAUUGAAUGUUAAUGUUAGUGUUACAGGCAGACAGAGAGCAGAGGAGACGGACAGUGAAGUCUCCUUGUCCCUAAAAGGUUUUCUUUACGUUACGACCUGUGGAUUUAUUUACAGCUCACCUUGGUAAAAGUAGAUUAUGCAGCAUGCUGUAUGGAUAGUAUUUAUGUUCAUUAUGUUUAUCCAUCAUGGCCUGGAACGAGUGAGUGUUUAUUAUUAUUAGUGCUGUCAGGCAAUUACAAAGAUUAAUCUAAUUAAUUAUAGGCCUUGUAAUUACUUAAUCGUCAUCAAUCCAAUUUUUCACUCGUGAUAAAUGAAUCUACAUUAAUUGGACACUGUGACAGCACUUAUUACUACUGCUUUAAAACAAGUCAAAAAUCACUUGAGGUAAUUUUGUAAUUACAUCAAAAUAGGUCUGUCAAAAAAUAAAAAAUGUAACUAUGAGAAAUCUCAAAAUUUCAGUAGUUAAUUCCGAUUGAAGUCCUUCUGUGUCACAUUUUUUAAAUUCCCCCUUUUUGCACCGUAUAGUUGACCUCCUGUUUGGAUACAGACCUGCUUUUAUUGGGAAAGAAAAUAAAGAGCCACAGGUAGAUUGAAGAUUAUGGCAUGAGGUGUAAAGGGAAAUAAGGGAACAGUAAAAAGGUAAAUGUCUGCUAAAAGAUGGUGAAGAUGACUUGUCCAACUGAAAUGAGACAUUAAGGAGCAGUAGUGAACUAAUUUAUCACUGUGGAUGUACAGAGACGCUGCUGUGGCUGAACCACAGUGUGUUAAAGGGAACAAUAAAGCAUGCAAAUAAGGCAAAUAAUGAGGAAAAUAAAAAUAAUUAUGGACCUUAAUCACACUGCAAUUAUUGCAUUAGUGCUGACAGCCCUAAUCCUGAAUAACAGCGCUGUCAUCACCAGGAUAUAUAACAUAUACUGUACUCUAUAAAUAUUUUCAGAACUCAUACGCAGGUGCACACUGGUCAGAUUUGAAUCAAUUAUUAUUUCAGCACAACACAAUGAGGUUAAAAUAACCAAAGGUAAAAGCUUAUUUUUUAAGUUAAUUUAGACUACGGUGUAUGUGGGUACGUUGAUCAAGAAAUAAAUGCAGUUUUUUUUGUUUGUUUUUCCUGAGCUACCAGUCGAUAGUACAGUGUGUGGAUGUAAUUGGAUGUAACUACGUUUCUCUUUGACUGACUACAUCCCUCCAGGAUUAGUACAAAAAAAAACCAUCUUUUACAACCAGCUUAAAAAUUUCAAACAGGAGCUUUAAUGUUUCAAAAAAUGUCUUCAAAGUGAACACUAUGCAGAUAUCCAGAUUUUUGUUGGGUGGCUUUCUUCCACAUUCUGCUUAUGUUUCAUUAAAGCAGGCCUUUAUUCUUCCUGACAGCUAUUUUCCUUUAAGAGUUUUCCUUUUCUGCCGGCCCCCGAGGGCUCAAAGCACAAUCCACUUUCCUCUGUCCUCUUGAACCAGCAGCUCAAAGUACCUGUCACAAUGUUUACUGUACUUAAGCGAAUAUGGCCUGUGAGUAAUAGCACAUGAAAAGAUUUUAGAGAUGGUUAAGAUUUACGUCUGGGCUUAGCAUUAUCUGUCUGCUCUUUGACUUAUUGAUUUAGCCCAGUUUAUUGAGUGUGGAGGAAUGCACUACACUGAAAAACAGCAACAUUGAGGACACUUUAUUCAUGUUUUUUAAAUUAAAUCAAAGUUUUCAACAUUUUCUUAAACAGAAAGUUAUUGGUUGUAGACAAAAGUUGUCCAUAAAAACCUUUAUUCUUCAGUGCCUGCAUCACUAGUAUUGGAUUCAGCAGUAGGGGAUAAAAAGAAACAUCUGACGUGUGUUCUGUUGCUUCUUGGUGUUUUAUAAAAUGCAGUUUAUACACUAAGACCACCGGGGAUUAAGCUCUUGAGCUUCCAUGUAGAUAAAUGACUAAACCACCUUUAGAUAUGUAAAUGCAAACUAGUGCUGAACUCAAAACACGGGCAAAUAUUUAUGGGGAUUGAAUUUAUGAGGUGGUCCUACCUUGGCACUGUCUGACUGGUAUCCAUGGUGCAGCGAGGGAGGAAAUAUAAACACAGCAGCGCAGAAAUCCUCCCUGCAUGUGCUCUCAUCUGGAUAGAUGUUCACAGAGCUGAGGGUCACAGAGACAAGCAUAUUCAUGCACAAGAAACAGCAAGAUCACAGUUAAUAUCUGUAAAUUAACAGUGGAUGAUGUUUGUCACAGGGUUGCAGAUUAAGACCAAGAUGAGAAGGUUGUCAUGAUAGCAUAACUUUGAUACAGUAUUAAUUGAAAUCAGGCAAUGUUGGUACCAGUUUUGAUAUCAUGGCAGCAAACUUAUGUCUCAAGCACAUAAUACUGGGUAAUUUCCUGUUUUCAAUCAACAAACAUUGCGAGUAAAAACCUGCACACCGUCUAAAAUUGCACAAAAAUGGUGAUGGUUCCAUAGUAAAACAUCAUUUUUGUAUAGAAACAGGUUGUGUUGACUGAGAUGUGAAUUAAAAAACUGUCAAAUUAAGACUUUGCUUAUUUUCAUACCAAAUGAACCCGCUAAACAUACAUGAUGCUGAAUUCCUGACCCUUUUUAUCAAGAGCAGAACACAGCAGGAAAAGGUCAUUUUC